AUGUGUGGCUGGCGGAAGUGGCCCUGGGACGGUGAGAUGCCCUCGGAGCACAGGGACGUCCUGGUGCUGCUCCCCACGCGGGAACGGCUGCGGCUGGUCGUGGGGGUGCAGGCCACCGGGCACGAGCUCUUCCAGCAGGUGUGCGACCUGGCCGGCAUCAGAGAAGUCCAGUUCUUUGGCCUCAGUGUGAUAAGAAACUGCGAGCACGUCUUCAUGGACUUGAAGCAGAAGCUCAGCAAGUACUUCUCAAAGGACUGGAAGAGAGAAGUGCACCACCCCCAGGGAAGCAGCAGGCCCGGUGCCCCCUUCGUGGCCUUCCUCAGGGUUCAGUACUACGUGGAAAACGGAAGGCUUAUCAGGUACAAUUCGGACAGGACGGCCAGGCACCUGUACUACCGCCACCUGAAGGAGCGGGUGCUGCGGUCCCAGUGCGCCCACCGGAGAGAGGGCUACUUCCUGCUGGCUGCCUACGCGCUGCAGGCCGACCUGGGCAAGUACCGCGAGCCGGCACACUCGGGCCGCUACUUUGAGCCGCAGGCCUACUUCCCGCAGUGGGUGAGAGGGGGCAGCGCCUACAUCCUCAGGCACGCACCCGCCCUGCACCGUGAGCAGGGGGGCCUGAGCCCCAAGGAGGCUGUACUGCGCUUCAUCCGGGAGGCCUGCCGGCUGGAGGACGUGCCCGUCCAUUUCUUCAGGCUGUACAAGGAUAAGGAGGAGGAGCGACCUACCAUUGUCCUGGGACUGACCCUCAGAGGAGUGCAGGUCUAUCAGGAGGUGAACCACACUCCACAGCUGCUCUACGACUUCCCCUGGAGCCACGUCGGGAAGCUGGCCUUUCUGGGCAAGAAGUUCGAGCUCUGGCCGGACGGGCUGCCCGCGGCCCGGAAGCUGGUGUACCGCACAGGCUGCUCCUGGCGCUCCAGCCACCUGCUGCACCUGCUCAGCACCAGCCACCAGCUGCACCUGACCCUGCAGCCCGUGCUGCAGCGGCUGCGGCAGCUGGAGGAGGCCCAAGAGAAGAAGUGCUACCGGGAAUCCUGCGUCAGCGAUGUGCUGGAGCUGGAGCUGGACCUGGACCCAGCCAUCAGAGCGUCCCCCGGCUCCCCUGGCAGCAGGGACAAUGGGGACGGAGGCUGGCGUCCCCCGCAGCGCCUCUCCCUCCUCUCGCCUGGCAGCCACUGCAGCUCCCAUUCGUCGGCAUUGAGGCCGAACUCCCAGCUGGCGGGGCCCGUGGAGCCCGGGGAGAUGUCAGUGGAUGAGCCCGUUGUCGGGGCUGCAGCGCUCCACGGGGAGGAGCCGCCCAGCAGCUCCAGCACCAGCCAGAGCAGCCGUGGCGCAGUUGGUGGUGGCAGAGGUGGGCCUGAGGGCGACACCCGGGACCAGGGGGAAGCCUCUCCCCAGCAGCCUUUGGCCGCGGUGCGGGUCACGCUGGUGAGCACGAGGGGCCUGAGCGCUGAGGGCCUGCACCAGGUAGGUCCCCACGUGGGCCAGGCGGCCUCUCCCUGUUCUGCAUCGCGCCCCGUCGGGUGCCGGAGGCCCAAGCGGCAGCCGGCCCCGCGGCCCCGCACGGCCCGCAGCGUGGAGGCCCCGCGCCCCGCCCCGCGCAGCUGCCCCCUCCGCCGCGCGCUGGACCCCGCGCCGAGGAGGUCCGUGAACUCCUGGUCCCUGGACCUGCUCGGAGAAGACCAGCUCCCUGAGGAGUUUGUGGUGUAG